GAUCAACAGUUAACGAAGCUAAGGUAAACUGACCAACUCAAUCCAAGAAAUAAACGAGAUACAGUAACCAAAAGGGAAACCACUCCCCCACCCCAGAGGAAAAAUAUAAAACAAACCAUGUGGAGACGGGCAUAUCUCAUAUGACACAAACACUCUUCUUCAUGUGACUUUUCUCUCUGGCCCUCUCUGCCAUUCUAGUGCAAACCACUCGCAAAUGUCUCCUCCUCGUCCUGCCCUCCUCUUCAUUCUUUUCUUGCUUGUUUCUACUUCUUUUCUCUCCCAGAUCUGCUCUGCAGCAGGUGAGGAUGACGAGUUGGAUGUUGUAGUGGAUCCAAAUCUGCGGUUUGAGAACCCAAGGCUACGUGAAGCCUACAUUGCUUUGCAAGCUUGGAAGUCGGCCAUAUUUUCAGACCCGUUCAACUUCACAGCCAACUGGGAUGGCCCUGAUGUCUGCUCUUACAUGGGAAUCUACUGUGCUCCCUCUCCUUCCAAUCCCAAAAUCAGAGUUGUCGCCGGCAUAGACCUCAAUCACGCCGACAUUGCUGGCUAUCUCCCUCCAGAGCUUGGCCGCCUCACCGAUCUUGCACUCUUUCACCUUAACUCCAACCGCUUCUGUGGUGUUGUUCCCGCCAGCUUUCGCCGCAUGAAGCUGCUUCAUGAGCUUGACUUGAGCAACAAUCGUUUUGUAGGCAAGUUCCCCAAUGUGGUUCUGUCUCUGCCUUCUCUCAAGUACUUGGAUCUUCGGUUCAAUGAGUUUGAAGGGUCCGUUCCCUCCAAGCUCUUCGACAAGCAACUCGAUGCACUUUUCUUAAACGAUAACAGGUUCCGAUUUGGUAUUCCUGAGAAUCUUGGAAACUCUCCCGUUUCGGUGCUAGUCUUUGCCAACAACGAUCUCGGAGGUUGCAUUCCUGGAAGCAUUGGGAUGAUGGGCAAAACGCUGAAUGAAAUCAUCCUCAUGAACGACAAUCUUACUGGAUGUUUGCCUCCACAGAUCGGGAUGCUCACGGAACUAACCGUCUUUGAUGUGAGCUUCAAUCAUCUCCAGGGAUCUUUGCCGUCCACCAUUGGCAACAUGAAGAGCUUAGAGCAGCUGAAUGUUGCCCACAACAGCUUCACGGGUGUGAUUCCAGCCAAUGCGUGCCAGCUACCCAACUUGCAAAACUUUACUUACUCUUUCAAUUAUUUCACCGGGGAACCACCAAGUUGCUCUGCAAUAUCUGGUGGCGGAAAGGUGACAAAUGGUACCAUGAACUGCAUUCCUGGCAAGAAGGGUCAGAGAUCCUCCAGGGAAUGCUCCUCGGAUGCCGCUCGGCCCGUUAACUGCAGCAAAUUCAAAUGUGGUGGUGGUGGAAGUUCUGGCGGAGGAGGAGGAGGCGGCGGUGGUGGCAGUUCCCCAUCGCCAAUUAGAAGGCCUCCUGUUCCUAGGGCUCCCGCACCGCGUCCAUCUAGUUCGCCAAGGCCGUUUAUGAAAUCCCCACCACCACCUUCUUCAAAGUCUUCGCCUUCCACCAGAUCACAUCCUCCACCACCACCAUCAUCGCACUCUUCACCAAUGCCACCUUUGCAUUCCCCACCAUCUCCACCACCACCGAAUUACUCCCACUUUACAUCUCCACCACCCCCUAGUCAAAGAGUAUCACCCAAGACGCAUCUUCCGCCGCCGCCUCCACCAGUUCACUAUGAGCCCAAACAAUCACCCCCGCCUCCACUCGUUGAGUAUGGGCCCAAACAAUCACCCCCACCACCUCCAUCAGGCCACUACUACAAUACACCACCACCACCACGAAACAAUUACUACAACUCACCACCACCAAGCCAUUACUACAAUACACCACCCUCACCACCUCCACCCUCACCGGUUCAUUAUGUUCCCACGCCUAAUCAAUCAACGCCACCACCGCCGCCACCUCAGGUUGAGUAUUCCCCACCGCACUACGAACAUAGAACGCCACCUCCACCUGCACCUCCACCUCCUUAUCCCUCAAAGGGGCAGCCAGUAAUUCCACCUCCACCACCAAUGGAGAAAUACACACCUUCCCCUCCGCCAUCUCACGAGCAUCAGGGGACUCAGUCCCCCCCUCCACCAGUAGAGUAUCAUCAUCAUCCACCACCCAAUGAGCCAUGUCAUCCUCUCCCUCCUCCUCCACCACCCCCACCAGAAUGCACAACUCCAGUAUCACCACCACCACCACCGCCAAGCCACCACUCAACCCCAUCACCAUAUGCACCAGCACCUGGUCAUCACCAUCCAACACCAUCCCCACCACCUGAACAUCAAUGGCAUUACCCACCAUCCCCACAGCAUCAAAACCCUCCUCCCCCAUCAACACACUAUUCAUAUUCAUCCCCACCCCCACCAUCACAUCCACCUCCGUCUCCUCCUCCGCCACCCUCAUUUGAAAGCACACCACUUCCACCAAUUAGAGGAGUAUCGUACGCAUCUCCUCCUCCCCCCGUUAUUCCCUACUACUAACGGAAUGCUGUUGCGCGCCAUUGAGUUGUAAUUCAAAUUCUUUUGGUGCAACCAUGAGUGGGUCGCAUGUUAAUUGUGUGUUUUUUUGGUUCA